AUGGCCACGAACAGUGUCCGCGUGUAUAUAACUGCUGAAGUAUACGUCACACCAUCACUCCACCCCAACAGCUCAGGUACUCACGUAAUAGCAUCACAAGGUCCUCCACAAGAGUUCUUCCAGGGUGGACAACGAGGUCCACCACCAUUCCCACCCAAUCUACCUGAGCAGUGCAGACGACCUCCUCAAGACGUAUACAACCCUCACGAAUGUUGCAAAAUACCUCCUUUUUUCACGGACGAGGAUUUCCAAGAAUGUGGAUUCAAGAAGUUAAAUGAAGAGGGGCCCCCAGAAAGGCCAUCAGGUCCACCUAAUUGCUCAAAACAACUGUGCAUGCUUAAAAAGUAUGACCUUCUCGAAAAUGAGACUACUAUCGACUACCAGAAGUUAGAAGCAUUCCUCGACAGUUGGACGGACAGUAAUACAGAAUUCCAGUCUGCUAUCGCUUCAGCUAAAGAGAUAUGUGUCGGAAAACCAUUACCGGGACCGCCGCAAAUUUGCGAGGCUAACAAAUUAGUUUUCUGCAUCAGUUCUACUUUGUUUUCUAAAUGUCCAAUUUGGGAUGAUUCCGAUGGAUGCCAGAAACUUAAAAAUCAUAUGGACGAGUGUAUGCCUUACUUCCAAAAUCAUUUUAAAAAUUCAGCCGUAUCACCACCAGAUGUAUAA